AUGAACUCUUCUGUUGAUCCCAAAGCUGUACUCGAACAAGCCGUCGACAAGCUGGAACAUAUCCCUGCCUCUCAAGAGAAGCACCAGCUUGCCCAAAAGGCAAGUGGUCUCCAUCAGACUCUUACAGGCCAUCCAAUGCAAUUUGACAAGGAGGAUAACCUCGUAACCAGUGGUCCUGAGGCAGAUCAAUGCCCAGCUUUGCAUCAUGAGAAGCAGGAAUAA